AUGCCGCCCAAAUCGAAGGCGGCCGCCGCCGCCGCCGCGGAGCCGGUAGCCGUCGAGGACCUCUUCACCUCGCUCCACCGCCACAUCGAGGCCGGUGCUUUCGAACAGGCCGCUAAGGUCGCCGACCAAGUUCUCAAGGCGGCGCCGGGGGAUGAGGACGCGGUGCGAUGCAAGGUGGUGGCAUACAUCAAGGCCGACGAGAUCGACAAGGCGCUCGCCGCGAUCCGCGCCGCCGAGCGCCUCCCGAUUGACCUCAGCUACUACAAGGCCUACUGCUGCUAUAGGCAAAACAAACUGCAAGAAGCUCUGGAGCUUUUAAGAGGUCAAGAAGAAACUUCAGCUGUUCUCCAGCUGGAAUCCCAGAUCUUUUACCGGCUAGGAAGAAUGAAUGAUUGCAUGAGUAGCUAUGAGAAGCUUCAGAAAUUUAAAAUUGACUCAAUGGAUCUGAAGAUAAAUAUCAUUGCUGCUCUGGUUGCUGCUGGAAGGGCUUCUGAGGUGCAGGCAGCUAUGAAGGCGCAUAAGGUUGAUCUUACCACGAGAGCACUCAGGGAUACUCGUAGCUUUGAGCUCGCAUACAAUUCUGCUUGCUCCUUGAUAGAAAACAAGAAGUACUCUGAAGCUAAGGAGCAGUUGGACUUGGCUAAAAGAAUUGGGAAAGAAGAGCUUAUGGUGGAAGACUAUGGUGACACGGAGAUUGAAUAUGAAUUAGCUCCUGUGUCUGCUCAGCUUGCUUAUGUGCAGCAGCUACAAGGACAAUCUCAAGAAGCUAUGCAAACCUAUGUUAAUAUGAUAAACAGGCUGUCAGCUGAUCCAUCAUCACUUGCUGUGGCAACAACAAACCUUAUUUCACUAAAAGGUACAAAAGAUACUGCAGAUAGCUUGAAGAAGCUUGAUCGGUUUAUUGGAACAACUACAGCUCCAAACCAGUUGCAUCUUGUUGAAAACCUUGACUUCAAGUUAUCCCCAAGGCAGAAAGAAACUCUGUAUUCUGCACGUGUUCUUCUACUGCUCCAUGCAAAUAAAACUGGUCAGGCACAUGAGUUGGUCAGUGGACUGCUUGGUAUGUUUCCAGAUAGCGUAUUCCCUGUUUUACUUCAAGCCGCUGUUCAUGUGAAAGAAAAGAAGGUUCAGAAAGCUGAAGAUGUUCUUAGCCAGUACGCUGAGAAACAUCCUGAGAAUUCUAAAGGGCUGCUCCUUGCACUUGCUCAGAUUGCUGCUAAUGCCAACCAUUUUCAGCUUGCUGCUGACUCACUAUCCAGAAUACCUGACAUCCAGCACAUGCCUGCAACAGUUGCUACAUUAGUGGUUCUUAAAGAGCGCCUAGGUGACUCCAAUGCUGCAGCUUCUGUACUUGAUUCUGCUAUCCACUGGUGGAAGAAUUCCAUCACUGAGUAUAACAAAUUAGAUAUAUUAACACGGGAGGCUGCUGCAUUUAAACUCAGUCAUGGACGUGAUGAAGAGGCUUGUUUGUUGUACGAGGAACUUGUGAAGAGCCAUGGAAGUGUUGAAGCUUUGGCUGGGCUAGUGAUGACUUCAGCACGCACUAACCUGGAGAAGGCUGAACAAUACGAGAAGAAGCUGAAGCCAUUGCCAGGCCUCAAAGGAGUUAAUGUUGAGAGCUUGGAGAAGACAUCUGGUGCAAGGCAUGUUGAAGGGCCCCAAGACAUGAAGGUAGAUGUUCCUGAGGAAGUGAAGAAGCAAAAGGCUAAGAAGAGGAAGCGCAAGCCUAGAUACCCGAAAGGCUUUGAUCCAGCGAACCCAGGGCCGCCACCAGAUCCUGAGAGAUGGCUACCCAGGAGAGAGAGAUCCAGUUACCGUCCAAAGAGGAAGGAUAAGAGGGCUCAGGUCAGAGGUGCUCAAGGAGCUGUGUCUAGGGAGACAGCGGCUACCAAUGCUGGUGGUUCCUCAAAAGGAAACCAAACCACUAGUUCAUCCAAGACACCAGCGGCAAAUACUGAUCAGCCAAAAACUAGCAACAAAUCCAGGAAGAAGAAGUCCAGGUCUUAG